UGUAUAUGUUUCCUGUAUGAUGUUUAUUAAUUAUUAUCAGCUGUUAUAUUUACAAAAUCAUCCUUUUUAAGUAAAAAUAACCAUGGAUUUACAAACAUCGCACUUAGCCGCAGCUUUAAUGUCAGGAAAUAAUGUCUUUAAUAUACCACAACAAGAAUCUGCCGGUGGAACAACAGACACUGGUAACGGAGAAAGUAAAAAGGAAAAGGCCAAUGAAACUCAAAAAGAAAGCACUUUUGAAGAAAAAGAGGAACUAGAAGAAGAAGAGUUUUCUGACGAGGAGUCUGAAGCACAACCAGGAAACAAAUCUAUUCCUGGUAGAGGUGUUACUCUACAAAUGCUUUUAGAAGAUAAAAUGUUAGAACCAGGCAUUGCAGCAAUGACUAUAGAAUAUCUGGGGCAAAAAUUUGUUGGUGAUUUACAACCUGAUGGUAAAAUCAAGUCACAUGAAACAGAAACAAUUUUUUGUUCUCCUUCUGCCUGGGCUAUACAUUGCAAAAGAAUUAUUAACCCCGAUAAAAGAUCUGGCUGUGGUUGGGCCUCAGUAAAAUAUAAAGGCAAAAAACUUGAUACAAUUAAAGCAACAUAUCUUCGGAAAAAACAAUUACAAAGAGAGAAUAUGCACACUGAUGAAGAGACAGAAAUGGAAAUAGAAAGUCCUCCUGAGCCCCCACCACAGAGAGUUGUCAUGAAACAUAACACAGUGCCUAACAGAAUGAUGCAACAUGAUGCGAAUAUGCUAAUUGAAGCAGUUUCAUUUUCAUCAGCUGGGAAAGUUCAACCAUUUCUAGUUUCGGUCAGUUCUAAUGCUCUUCUUGUUCUUGAUAUCCAUUGUCAUUUGAAAAAGGAAGAAGUUUAUGGAUAUCUUGCGGGGACGUGGGACUUAAACAAUCAUAAUCUGAUGUUAACACACACAUUCCCAUGUUUGAUUAGUAAAAAUGACACAAGGCCUAGGGUUUUAGUGGAACUAGAAAUUCAAAUGGAAAUUGAAAAACUAGGUCUGACACUUUUGGGUUGGUAUCACUCCCACCCUACCAACCCUGCCAUGCCCAGCUUGAGAGACUGUGAUAGUCAGCUGGAAUAUCAAAUUAAAAUGAGGGGGCCAUCGGAAAUAUCCUACAUUCCUUGCAUUGGAGUUAUCUGCUCACCCUACAAUCCAGAGAGUCCGGUUCUCGAAUCUUCCUUAACAUUCUUCUGGGUGAUGCCGCCGCCAGAACAGAGACCUACAGAAUACCCACGGCCUUUAUUACUGCAAUAUAAUAUGGUUCAUGAUAGUCAUUUAUCAACACAUGCUAUGGAGCAAAUUAAGAAAAGUAUAAAAUACUACAUUACAUUCACAGAUGAUACGUUUGUUAAUUUUAAGGAUAAUUAUAAACCAGACAUAACAUUUUUAGACAAAUUAAAGUGUACUUUAACACCCAAAUUUCCAAGAGAACAAAGUGAUGGUUUGUUAUUACAUUUCAUAAGAGAUGAAUUAGGCUGUCCUUCUGAAAACGAUGAUAAAAUGGAUUUGGACGCAUUGUUGGCUGUGCCUCAAGUUAUUCCAGCCUGUAAACCUAAUCAGACUUCAUCUUCUAACUUUCCAUCAGUUAGUACAUUGCAGCAAAUGGUCAGUAGACCACCUGGUGUACCACCGAUUAAUGUGUCAUCGGCAAUGGGAUCUGUCUCCCCGCAUAAGUUUGAUACACCACCAUUGAACAUACCAGUAUUAUCGUCUUCUACGAAACCAUCUAAAUCAACUACACCAUCUCUUCCACCAACAUAUCCAACAGGCUUAGACAUGUUAACGAGCAUGGCUUUAGGAUUAGGAUCUCCUAAUAUGUCGCUUCCUCUAGGCACCACAGGAUUAGAGAGUUUAGCGGCUGCAAAUAGCAUGCUCACCGGUUUUAAUCCAGGCAUGUCCUCUAAUUUAUCGGCUUUAUCUUCUUCUAAGCUUCCCGAUCUUCCCUCAUACGCAGCAUCGCUACAGAAUCUAUCAAGUAAUAUUGUAAAUUUUGAAAAAACGUCGACCAGUACAUCAACAAGUUGUACAACAUCUGCCGCGCCUAUUCCAGCGAAUAUAGCCUCGAACUUAAUGAUGAGCUCCGCGGACAUAGCGAAUGCUCUGUUAUCGGCAAGUAAAUAUUCCAGCGCUGGAAUAUUGGGAAUACCGGACCCUAUGUCGAAGUCAACACUAGCCGCUAAUAACAUGUUUUUGUCCCCGUCUCUGCUCAAGAUGCAAGAGUCACUGCUUAAACCAUUGUCAAGUAGUAGUCCAAUACCUUCGAAAGUGGGUCUCGAUCAGAAUUUGAUGAUGAAAAGUCCGCACGAUUUAAUCAAAACUGGAAGCAAGGACUAUUUACCUCCAGACUUUGGAAGCAUCGGCAAAGCCAAAGAUAGUUCUCUAGACUCUAUGAAACAUACGGACCUAAGCGUAUCUAAAGGCGAAUCGUCUAAAUCAAUUUUGUCAGAACCUCAGGCGACAGACUACUCCCAGCUAGGUGGCUCGCCGCGAAUCGGGGGCGACCCCUUUUUGAAUCAAAUGUUAGAAUUGACUAAAAAAACGACACUUCCGGAUUACGUCACAGAUUUUAGUCAAAACCGUAAAAUUACAGAUGAAGAAAUUCAAAAAAUACAAUCAAAUCCGCUAUCAUACUCAAGUGCUGCUAGUAUUGCAGAUACUAUAGCACAAGUAGCGAUGGGAAACUUCAGUAAAAUGGACGAUGUUGUCGACUACAGUAAAAGUCAAGAUUACUCUAAUACUAAAAGUUUAAAUAGUGAAAAUGAAAACUAAUUACUAAAUAAUGAUAUAUUGUAUCAAUAUGUUGUUUAUUGUUUGGUAUGUGUGUGUAGUUGUCAAAGUUUACUAUGCUGCAUUUAUAGUAAGAAAUAUGUGUAUUUAUUUAUUUAUUUAUUUAAUAGGAACACUAACAAUAUACAUAUUAAAUAGUGGUAUACAUAACAUUCACAGAGAAAGAAUCAACUUCUGGUAUGUAUAUCAAUUAUAAGUGCACACAACAUUCACAAUCGCGUCAAGAUAAAAUACAUUAAAAAAUUAUUAUUAUUGACCUAUGCUUAACACAAUAUUUUAAAAAAAACAUCCAGAAAAAUAAAAAAUAAAUUAAAUGAAUUUUUUUUUAAAUAAAACAACAACAGGAUCUUAACGCACUAUUUUGAUGAUGGACUCGCUGACAAAAAGUAAUCAAUGAGCUUUUUUUUAAAAGUAAUGAAGCUGUCAUGAAAGAUGUCAAUGCCAUGUAUAACUUUUGUCAAUUCAUUAUAUCGAGCACAUAUGCGCACUAUCGGAGCCAGCUUUCCAAGACGAGUUUUCGUGAUAGGGGUAUGGAAUAUUUUAGUUAUGAAACUUCGGGGAUGUUUGCGAGGAACAGUGAAGGAUAUUCAAUGAAGUUGGUCACUGCACUUAACCUUAUUGUGAAUAAUUUUAUGCAGAAAACAUUGAUCGAGAAUAUCCCGCCUAUUGCGAAGAGACAUUAAUUUAUAUUCAGCUAGUCGCCGAUUGUAUGGCUGCCUGUGUGAGAAAGCGCUGGAAGGACAAAUAUCUAGUAAAGGCACGUUGUAUUCCUUUAACACGUUGAGAAUUUAAGCUGUAAAAAGCAUUCCAGAUGACGCUGGCGAAUUCAAGAUGGCUUCUUACGAAAGCGUUAUAUAGAAAGAUUUUAGUCCUGGACGAAAAACCCUUUGAAUUGCGUUUAAUGAAUCCCAAUAACUUUGCAGCUUUGUCAACAAUAUUGUUUGUGUGACUUGAAAUUUAACUUUUUUUCAAUAGUUUCCUAAGUCUCUUAUCUCAGAUAACUCUCUUAGGGUCACAUUAUCAAUAAAACAACUGGAGACGAGCGGUUUUUUCUUUGUUGUAUACUUUAUAUGGAAGCACUUGCUAGUAUUAAGAGUCAUGCUAUUGACUUUACACCAGUUAGUAAUAUUGUUAAGGUCAUCCUUUAUUAACUUUAUGUCUUCAACUGAUUUUACUGUUCUAUAUAUUUUUAAGUCAUCAGCAAAUAACGAGCAUGAACAAUUUUUUAUAACCUUAGUGAUGUCAUUUAUAAAAGCCAAAAACAAUAGAGGUCCCAAAUGGGAUCCUUGGGGAACGCCAGAUUGGGAGAAUAUUUUCUAGAUUUGAAGCCAUUCACAACAACUGCCUUAGAUCUCCGCUCCAGAUAAGAUUUAAUCCAAUUAGUUAAAGUGGAUCCUAUACCCUACUGCGAGAGUUUGUUAACAAGUUGACGAUGAUCAACUUUGUCGAAAGCACUACUAAAGUCUGUAUAUAUAGUGUGAACCUGUUGUCCCUUAUCAACCUCCGAUAGAAG